AGAGGCGGAACUCGCGCUUAGUAUGAGUGGUCAGAACUGUUCGUUUCCAGUCGAGUUGGGACGCGAGUACGAACUCAAGUUGGGACGGUCGUUCGCAAAAUGGUCCAAGUCGGUCGUUCACACUCUGGAAUACGAUUUCAAGCCGGCGUCAGUUGCCGAAUGCGUUGACAAGGCCACAGUUAGUGUUGAGGAGAAUAAUCACGUGUCUGUAAUGCUUCCGAGUGGUUCAAAGGGACACUCGACUACAUAUAGAGGGCCGAAACGACCGUGUCCGAAGAAGUGUAUAAUGAUUGUUGAUAGAGAAACUGGAGAAAUCACUCUGGAGCGAGUGUCUAGUACGAUGCAAUUGAAACGUGUGAGAACACCAAAGCCAGCACUGACUGCCUUAUCAACACUCAGUGACAAAACGAGUGACAAAGGAAGGAUUUCACCACUACCGACUCAUCCAGCAGCUCCAGCAUCAACUGCCAACAAACAGCAUGCUUCGCCUCUCGUUGCCUCGUCGCUGACCACUCCAAAGACUCAGACAAGUCAACAGCAGUUGUCGGCUUCAUCAUCUGAUGAUAGCUCCUCGUGUUCGUCUGGUGAUUCGUCGAAUAGUGAGGAUGAGAGCCGUCCACAGGAGCCUCAGACUCAAAAUGGACAGUCUCAAGUGGCAGAUGAUGACAAUCCCUAUAUCAAACAACUUGAGGCCGACUUGCUGAUGAGUGAUGAUUCGGGAAGUGGAGAGUCUAGCUCAGAUAGCGACGAAUAGAAAAAACAUCAUUUGUUUAGAUAGAAUUUGGCAAAACAAAAUAUUAAUUAAACAAAUAAUAAAAUAGACUGC